CACACCGAGCCCGGAGCGAUGGCGGCGGCCGCCUACGAGCUGCUGGUGCUGGGCGGCGGCUCCGGGGGGCUGGCGGGGGCCCGCCGGGCGGCCGAGCUCGGAGCGCGGGUGGCGCUGGUGGAGCCGCAGCGCCUGGGCGGCACCUGCGUCAAUGUUGGAUGUGUGCCAAAGAAGGUGAUGUGGAACACGGCGGUCCACGCGGAGUUUGUCCACGAUCACGCUGACUAUGGCUUUGAAACUGCGGGGGUCAAGUUCAACUGGAGGACCAUCAAGGAGAAGCGUGACGCGUACGUGCGGCGCCUCAAUGACAUCUAUGAGAACAAUGUGAAGAAGGCUCACAUUGACAUCAUCCGGGGCUAUGGCAAGUUCACCGCUGAUCCCGAGCCAACCAUCGAAGUGAAUGGGAAGAAGUACACGGCUCCUCACAUCCUGAUAGCCACGGGAGGGCGCCCGGCCGUGCCUGCUGACAGCGAAAUUCCUGGUGCCAGUCUGGGGAUGACCAGUGACGGCUUCUUUGACCUGGAGGAGCUGCCCAGGCGCAGCGUCGUUGUGGGGGCCGGCUACAUCGCGGUGGAGAUGGUGGGGAUCCUCUCCACGCUGGGCUCCAAGUCCUCCCUGCUCAUCCGCCACGACAAGGUGCUGCGGACCUUUGACUCCCUGAUCAGCUCCAACUGCACCCAGGAGCUGGAGAACACGGGGGUGGAUGUCUGGAAGCACGCACAGGUCAAGAAGGUCACCAAGUCUCCACGGGGGCUGCUGGAGGUGACAGUGGCCUCGGUGGCACCCGGCCACAAGCCGAGGGAGGAGGUGAUCCGGGACGUGGACUGCCUGCUGUGGGCCGUGGGGCGGGAGCCCAACUCCGACGGGCUGGGCCUGGACCGAGUGGUGAGAUGGCAGCGCGUGCCCUCCGUGCUGCUGGGGGGACGCCCCGGGUCUCUGGGUGUCCCGCGGGUAUUUGGGGUUCCCUUGGCUCUCCAGAGCCUGUCACAGGUGCCCCGUGAGCCCUCCCAUCCCUGCUGGAGCACAUGUGGCUGCUGUGUCCCACGGCAGGGCGUGCGGGUGGACCCCAAGGGCCACGUGCUUGUGGAUGAGUACCAGAACACCACCAGGAGAGGGAUCUAUGCCGUGGGGGAUGUCUGUGGCAGAGCCCUCCUCACGCCAGUGGCCAUCGCGGCUGGCAGGAAGCUGGCCCACAGGCUCUUCGAGGGCAAGCAGGACUCCCGGCUGGACUACGAGAACAUCCCCACGGUCGUCUUCAGCCACCCGCCCAUCGGCACCGUGGGGCUCACUGAAGAGGAGGCUGUGGCCACGCAUGGGAAGGACAACGUGAAGAUCUACAACACGUCCUUCACGCCCUUGUACCACGCUGUCACCCAGAGGAAGGUGAAGUGUGUCAUGAAGCUGGUGUGCGCUGGCAAGGAGGAGAAGGUGGUGGGAUUGCACAUGCAAGGGCUGGGCUGUGACGAGAUGCUGCAGGGCUUUGCCGUGGCCAUCAAAAUGGGCGCCACCAAGGCCGACCUGGACAACACCGUUGCCAUUCACCCCACUUCUGCCGAGGAGCUGGUGACACUGCGCUGAGCCUGCGGGCACCCACGCCCCGGGGGUGGCAUGAAACUGUUUCCCGUGUUUUCCAAAGUGCCUUACUGCUGGGCGGGUGCCUGCAGGGUGUGUCUGUAAGGUGGCUGUGGCUUGCUGUGCAGUGGGAAGUAAACACUUUGAUGCUG